AUGGAUAUGAUAGCUAUAACACCUGGAAUAACAUUAUAUAAUAAUUUAUUUAUAUUAACACCGUAUAAUUUACCAUUAUCUAUAUUAAUAUUUGUAUUAAUAAUAGCUUUAUCAAUAUAUAUAACAGCUACACAUAGAUAUGAUAAUAAAUCACCAUAUUAUUUUGUAAUAUUAUUAACAAAUAUAAUAGGUUUAUUAUUAUUUCCAUUAGUUAAUGAUUUAAUUGUAUUAUAUGUUGUAAUAGAAUUACAAAGUUAUUCAUUAUAUUUAUUAACAGGUUUACAUAGUAGAUCAUAUAAUGCAUCAAGAGCUUCAUUAUUAUAUUUCAUAAUGGGUGGUGUUGCUUCAACUAUUAUAUUAUUAGCAUCAUAUUUCAUAUAUGCUUUAACUGGUACAACUAAUUUAUCAGAUAUAAGUAUAAUAUAUACAUAUAAUAAUGCUUAUGAUUAUUUUGAUAUAAUGUUAAUAGCAUUAUUAUUUAAAAUGGCUGCUUAUAAACCUUUAUUCCAAGUAAAUAUUAAAACUAUAUUAGCUUAUAGUGGUAUAUUAAAUUUUGGUUAUAUAUUAUUAACUAUUAUAACUUUUGAUUAUGCUUUUUAUAUUUAUAUUAUACAAUAUGUUUUAACUCAUUUAAUAUUAUUUUUAGGUAUAUUAGCUGCUGCUAUAUGUUUAAUAUUAGCUUUAUUCUCAUUAAUAGGUAUACCACCUUUACCAGGAUUUUAUGCUAAAUUAUAUAUAUUAGCUGCUGCUAUACAAGAUAAUUAUUUAUUAGAAUCAUGUACUUUAGUUGUUUGUAGUGUUUUUGCUACUUAUUAUUAUGCUAAUAUAAUUAAAGUUUUAAUAACAAGUAAAACUAAUACUAAUAUUAUAAAAAAUAAUACUAAUACUAUACAAUAUAUUAAUUCUUCAUUAGCAUUUACUAUUGCUACAUCAACUUCAUUAUUAAUUAGUUUCUUUGUAUUCUUACCAUCAAUGUUAGAAGGGCUUUAUUUAAUUAAUAUAUCUAUAUAA